AAGAUAGAAUAAAAUUUUCUAUCAUAUUGACAUUUGACACUUUAAAUAAAUCUUCAAAAGAUUUUCAAAUAUGACCAUAACAUAUACCGCCGAAGUGGCCACAUGCAAGAAAUUUGGUUGCUUCAUCAAACUCUUGGGCAGAUGGAAGGGCAGCAUUUAUAAAUUGGUAUGGAUGGAUUUGUUGCUCUUCCUAUUCCUCUACUACAGCAUAAAUUUGAUUUAUCUGUACCUACUAGACACAGACUCAAAAAAGGCCUUUGAAAGUGUGGUCUAUUACUGCGCCAGCUAUAGCAGUCUCAUCCCUCUUUCCUUUGUCUUGGGAUUCUAUGUCAAUUUGGUUAUGGCUCGCUGGUGGGAGCAGUAUAUCACCAUACCUUGGCCCGAUUCAGUGGCGGUCUAUGUCAGUGCUCAUGUUCAUGGCCAAGAUGAGAGAGGACGUGUUAUACGUCGCACCGUCAUGCGUUAUGUCUGCCUAUGUCUCACCAUGGUCUUUACCAUGAUAUCCCCUUGUGUCAAGAAACGAUUUCCCAAAUUGAAGAAUCUAGUGGAGGCCGGAUUUUUAUUGGAAAAUGAAAAGAAAAUCAUCGAGUCCAUGGAUAUUGCCUUUCCCAAGUAUCCCAAACAUUGGUUGCCCAUCAUAUGGGCAGCUAGUGUAAUAACACGGGCUCGCAAAGAAGGUCUUAUACGCGAUGAUUUUGCCGUUAAGACCAUUAUAGAUGAAUUGAAUCAUUUUCGUGGACGUUGUGGAAUUUUAAUGUACUAUGACUUCAUAAGCAUUCCAUUGGUCUACACUCAAGUGGUGACCAUAGCGGUGUAUUCGUUUUGUGUCUGUAGCCUUUUGGCCCAUCAGUGGACGGAGUUUAAGAAAGAUACCUAUGAGGGUUUGGAUUUUUACAUGCCGCUUUUUAUAAUGUUACAGUUCUUUUUCUACAUGGGCUGGCUAAAGGUGGCUGAGACACUGAUAAAUCCUUUUGGAGAGGAUGAUGAUGAUUUUGAAGUUAACUGGAUGAUUGAUCGCAAUCUUCAAGUCUCAUACCUUAUUGUCGAUGAAAUGCACCACGAACAUCCGGAAUUGGUGAAAGAUCAGUAUUGGGACGAAGUUUAUCCCAGUGAACUUCCCUAUGAUUCUGAAGUGACAAGAGAACAUCCCCCACAACCUUCUACUGCUAAAUAUGAUGUUUCGGAAUCAUCGGAACUCUCCGUAGUGAAUAUUUCCAAUAGUACAAAGGGCAAUUCAAAGCCCCGUCUGGAAUCCUUACUAAGUUUACGCAGUGAACUAUUCAAUGCAGCUUUUCAAAGGUUUACACAAUAUUUGGAAGAGAAGGAGCAGAACAAAGAAACUUUCGCCGAUUCAUUGUCAAUGGCCAAUUCUUUAUCGGAUAUAGAAAGUGUGGAGAAUGUCACAUCUUACAGAACCACGUUAAGUCAUGAGGAAGAGUUCGCAGACUUUAAAAGCGAUAACAAAGCCCUAAAGGCCAUAGUCUUAGAAUCAAUAUCAGAAAAGGAAGAUUUUGAGAUUCAAGAAGAGGAAAAGACAAUGGUUGCAGAUGAUGUUGAGCUAGUAGAAGAGGAGAACACCAUGCUUGAAGAAGAAGUAUGCCAACGAGAUCAGAAUCAUGCAUUACCUGAAAGUGAUAACACCAACUCCGAGUCCGAUCCCUUUGAACGCCUCCGUUUGGAGCGCCAACAAGAACGCAUAGAACGAACUCAUAAAUUUUUGCAAAAAUAUUUUGGAACCUCAAAUUUUAGACUGAUAAAGCCCAAUAUGCCCUACGCUAUAACAGGUGCAAAAAUAAAUCAAAAAACUCAAUCCUCAAGCGUUCUGGAAGCUAAAACCAAGCUUUGGGAUGAAACGAAAAAAGCUUCCGCAGCAACAAGCUUUAACUCCCAAUCAUCUAUAGAGUCAAAUCUUAAAAGAAUUAUAAAUAACUUACCAUUAUCAUCCGGAGUUUCACCAGAUAUUAAAGAACAAAAUGUGGCAUCAGAUGCAACAUUUUUGCAAAUUCCGGGCCACUCUUCCACUUAUCUACUAUUCCCUUCACAUUUUGAUCAGAGUUCCAGUUCUGAUAUGAUCCAUCGUUUGUCUUCUAAGCCACCACAAAUGGAUGCUGAUACAUCACCAAUGGAAAGUUUGGCAACUUCAGGCUCUUAUGAAGAGUCCAGCGAACUUCAAAGUGAUGAGAAACCUAAACAUUAAAUAAUAAAUGGAUUAAAAAUAUUUGCGUCAUUUAUUUCCCAGUACUAUACGAAUUAUUUUUUUUAGAAAUAAAUAACAAUUUAAUAAAAAUAAUACUUCUUCUUAAUGUA